GAUCUGUCCAAAUGGGUAGCCUCCCAUUCCUCCAUGAUGCAGUAGAAAGCAGCUCUUCCCAACUGACCAAACCCUUAGACUUUGAAGAGUUCAGGAAACACGGCCAUAUGAUCAUAGACUUCAUUGCAGAUUACUUCCAAACCAUAGAGAAGUACCCAGUUUUAAGCCGAGUAGAACCCGGGUAUUUGAAUAAAGCCCUACCAGAGUCUGCCCCAUAUAACCCUGAAUCGAUACAAACCAUACUCCAAGAUGUUAAGGAUCACAUUAUUCCUGGCGUAACACAUUGGCAAAGUCCCAAUUUUUUCGCGUAUUUCUCAGCUACAAUUAGUACUGCUGGGUUUCUUGGCGAAAUGCUCGCAACUGGAUUGAAUGUAGUGGGGUUCAAUUGGGUUUCAUCGCCGGCUGCAACUGAGCUCGAACACAUUGUCAUGGAUUGGCUUGCAGACAUGCUUCAGCUUCCCAAGUCGUUUCAUUUCUCUGGUGGCGGUGGCGGUGUGUUACAUGGGAGUACUUGUGAGGCCAUUAUAUGCACAAUGGUAGCUGCUAGGAACCAAAUGCUAAGCCGCAUUGGUAGCGAGAAUUUGGGAAAGCUCGUUGUGUAUGGUUCCGACCAAACACAUAGCACACUUCAAAAAGCUACCCAAAUUGUUGGGAUCAACCCGGAGAACUUCAGAGCCAUCAAGACUACUAAGUCAGCGGAAUUUGCACUAUCACCUGAAAUGCUAAGGUUGACAAUUUGUUCAGACUUGGACAAAGGGCUAGUGCCACUUUUUCUAUGUGCCACAAUGGGGACAACGUCAACCACUGCUAUUGAUCCACUGGAGGCACUAUGUGAUGUAGCAAAAGAAUACGGCAUUUGGGUUCAUGUGGAUGCUGCAUAUGCAGGAAGUGCUUGCAUUUGUCCAGAGUUUCGUCAUUUCAUUGAUGGCGUUGAGGGUGCAAACUCAUUCAGUUUCAACCCGCAUAAAUGGUUAUUUACUGCAAUGGACUGCUGCUGCCUUUGGCUUAAGAACCCAAGUGGACUGAAAUAUUCACUGUCCACAAAUCCAGAGUACUUGCGGAACAAAGCCACUGAUUCAAAGCAAGUUGUGGACUACAAAGACUGGCAAAUAGCAUUAAGCCGGAGGUUCCGCUCAUUGAAGCUCUGGUUUGUGCUGAGAAGCUACGGUGUGGCGAACCUAAGAAGCUUUAUUCGAAGCCAUGUCGAAAUGGCCAAGAUUUUUGAAGGACUUGUGAGGUCGGACAAGAGGUUUGAGAUUGUGGUGCCUAGAAACUUCUCUUUGGUCUGUUUCAGGAUUUCACCAUCCGCAAUAGUUAGUGAACAGUAUUCUAACUGUGAGGAAUAUAAUUUGGUAAACGAGAUCAACUGCAAUCUGCUGGAGGCCAUCAAUGCAACAGGGUCUGUGUUCAUGACUCAUGCUGUCGUUGGAGGUAUCUACCUGCUGCGAUGUGCAGUUGGUGCAACUUUGACAGAAGAAAAGCACAUUGUUGAAGCCUGGAAGGUAGUGCAAGACCAGGCAAAUGCAACUCGAUCUCUCUGCAUGCAUAGUUGAUCUGCAUCCUCCUAGCUAUUAAAUCUCCUAAUUUACCCAACCCUAAGUUAUUUUAUUUUAGAGUUCAGACAAGCUAGCCUCAUAUCGAUC